AUGGCAUCCAAAAAAAGACAACAGUGGGACGAGCAUGAUAUGCGACAGGCUAUUGAGAACGUACAAGAUCACAGUAUGGGCUUUAAGUUGGCUGCAAAGACCUUCAAUGUUCCCAAAACAACUUUGCGAAGGCGUUUGGCUAAACAGGACAGUUCCAAGGGUAAUUUGGGAGGACGAACCGCAAUUUUCUCUAAAGCCAUCGAAGAGGAGAUUGCAGGAUAUAUUAUUGAUAUGGAAACACGUUUUUUUGGUUUAACCUCUAAAGAUUUGCGGCGGAUGGUAUUCGAAGUAGCCGAAAAAAAUAAAAUAGAGCAUCGUUUCAAUCGUGAAACAAAAAUGGCAGGUUGGAAAUGGGUGAGGGGAUUCCUGAAGCGCAAUCCACGAAUUUCUUUGCGUAGUCCAGAAAGUAUAUCAUUAGCUAGAGCCCAGGCUUUUAACAAGCCUAAUAUUCAAGCCUAUUUCAAUGCACUAUCUAACACUCUGGAGCAGUACAACUUUCCUCCCGAAAAUAUAUUUAAUAUGGAUGAGUCAGGUUUGACUACGGUCCAAAAGAAAUGUCAAAAAAUUUACGCUUCAAAAGGUCGGAAUAUAUAA